UGGACCGCUUGCAGGAGCACUUGAAUUACUGGAUCAAGGCCUACUUCCAGGCCCACGGAAGCAACACAUCCUGGGAUUUGCUUGGUACUAUCGCCCCGUGCGUCAAGAUUCUGCGCUCCCUAUCGAACGAGGUCAAUAGUACGCUAGGCUCCCGACAGGGCAAGCGACACGCCACUCCUGACCGAACCAAGGACAUCGACGAGUUGAUGGCCAGCCUUGCGCGAAACAAGGUCUACGAAUCUUUUCCGGGCCGUCGCUUCGACGUGGAUGGCACGAGCCAGGUCGACGAUGUAAUAGGAGUCGGCUUGUACAUACUCACAAAGGGCGAAGCGACGUCGCCUUUGGCCAAUCACAACAACUCUUUUCUCAAUCUCCAGGCCGCUUACCGUGUCACGCCGUUAGUCGGUAUUUCCUCAAGUGCUCUGGAGGCAACAUCUCGCGCCGCGGAAGUGGCUCCCGCUAUCGUAGAUCGUGGUGCGCAAAAAUGCACUGCCCACGUCCGUUGUGUACUAACUGACUCUUCAGCAUUUCCUUCUGGCUCGCCCUCCCUCGCUGCGGCCAUCGACGAAGUCAUGGACCGGCCCCACAUCGAGUUACACAACAACGACAACGACGCAUGGCUGGCGAUGGAACUCGAAGCUUUAGCUGACUUUGCCGACAAUGACAACGAGGAUCCUUAUGCGCCCGAUAUCGAUGGCGAAUGGGGACUAGUAGAUGGUGAUGAUGAGAUGUUGAACAAGGAUACCGGCUUCGAGGAUGACGGCGUCGAGGAGAACGACGUGUUGAUGGAGGACGAAGGAGCCGGGGACAGGUCCUCCCCUUCUAGUACGCGUUCCCCCCGCCCGAAUAUCGUCUUUAUGCGCUACUUUGUAUAUCCUACUAUGUGCUCAAGUUGUGCUUGGUUCCCCCCUCCUGAUCAAGACUGAGCAAGCACCAUU